UACAAACUUCAUAAAUGAACAACAACACAAAUUAAAAAGUUAAUUAAGCAAUUUAAACUUCAAUUGAGCAUAAGCCUUACAGUGAUACUACUUAAUGUAAGUAAUUUAAAGAUAAAAUGUAGUUAUAACAGAUAAUUUAAAACUGAAAUAUGAAGAAUUACAAAAGAAAUUUUAGGAACCUUAAGUUUAAGCAAAAUGGGGUUAAGCCAAAGAUAUAUUUAUCGAAAGAACAAAAGAAUUUGGAGUAACAAACUUUAAAAUAUAUAGUUUCUUACUUUAGAUUAUUUAGUUAAGACUUUUGAGAUUACUAAAACGACUAUUACCGAUUUAUACGGAAUUUACAAUAAGUGAAAUGAACUUUAUAUUCAAAAGUUUCCAUAUUUUCAAU